AUGUUCUUAUAUACGAAAAGAUGUAGGGUAAAGUCGGAUAAAGCGUACCGCCGGGUAAAUCGUACCACCACCGUUUUCAAGAGAAUUAUUUACUACCCGUGGAAUCUCUUGGCAAAAUCCAAAAGCAUUGAGGAUUAUAUUUUUCCCGCCCAAGCUAAUAAUUGCCGCUCACUUCACCCUGUCAGUCAGUUUGAGGUUAAAUUAAGAGCAGUGUUGUUGAUGAAUUCAAAAAAGAAGAUGAGUAAAGUAAAUAAUAAGAAAAAAACAAAACGGGAAUACUGUGGAUGGACCUCAGAAGAUAUGUACCAUGCAAUUAAUGCAUACAAACAAAACCAAUGUGGUUUUAAUGAAUGCUGCAGACGCUAUAACAUUCCAAAGCCAACUUUUAGAAGGCAUUUGCGCUCUUUAAAUAAAAAGGCAAAUGAAAAUGUCAAGUCUUUGGGUCGUCACACAACCUUCAGUCCUGAAACUGAAAUGGAAUUGACAAAACAUAUUUUGAAGCUGGAAGAAAGAUUUUUUGGUGUAACAAUUCGGGAUAUACUGGAUAUAUAA